AUCAUUCGAAAUGAGGUCAAUCUUAUCGCACAGCUGGCUAAGGGGGAUAUAUUUGGUCAAGUUGAAAUCCAGACUUUACCAUACCCCUUUAAUGGCGGCGGAGUAUCAACAGAGCCAAGACCUACUCGCCCCACCGCUCCUCCUACUUUACCACAGACAACGGCCAUUACCUUUGUAGAGCAAGGUGUAGGCAUGUCUGUUCCCCAUUUCAACCUCAAAGAUGGAUACAGCAUCACAUUUAAAUUCCAGACAAUCAACCAGAAUGGUCUUAUCCUCUUUGCUGGUGUUCCACGUGGAGAAUUCCUAGCAGUGGAAUUAUAUGAUGGGCGUCUGUAUUUCAUCCACAACUUCGGUCGUCGUGACAAGCGUACUCCAUUUGCUUCUCGUGUCAUGGCUGAUGGACAACAGCAUGAAGUGCAGUUGAAUUUCUUUGCUAAUUCACAUGUAGACCUUCGGGUGGAUGACAUUCGGGAGAGACUAGCAUUUGAGAGUGGAGAAAGGCUUCCUGUGAACCUUGGCCCGCUCUAUGUGGCUGGAUACAUAGAUUAUAAUGGGCUGCCUUGGAUGGUGUGGUCACGAGAGAGUUAUCUUGGCUGUCUAGAAGAUCUGCAGGUGGAUAAUGUACUUGUCGAUUUCCAUACUGCAGUACUCCAUUACCCUGGACAAGUGCGCCGUCAGUGCUUGCCCAUGCCUCAAGAAUGUGCUCGCCAGCAACCUUGUCGUAAUGGUAUCUGCCGUAACGGCUGGCAAAAAUAUUUUUGUGAUUGCAGAAACAUGCCAUUCAGGGGUGAUAGAUGUGAAAUGGAUGCCUGGACUGCUCUCUUCAAUGGAACAAUGUUUGGAAGAAUUACUUUCACAAACACAAUUCGAUCACAUGUGGACAACUUGUCUGUUCGUUUCAAAUCACUUAAGGCAAAUGGUCUCCUUUUUGAGACAAAAUCCCGCGACAAUAAUGUAUACUUGCGUUGUUCUCUUGAGAAUGGCACUGUCAAAGUUGAAACCAAUUUGGGUGGAGAAGUCAGGACAUUCUAUGCUGGAAACAACUUGAACGACUUUAAGUGGCACACUGUAUAUAUCCAGCGACGUGGCAAUGAAAUGGAAGUUUGGGUUGACGAUGGUGAUCAUUCAAAGCAAUUACUGGCUGGUGAAUACUACUCUUUCAACUUUGACCAAGUGUUUCUUGGAGGAGUGGACCCGAAUACAGAGAAGAAUGCCUAUGUGGGUUAUCUCCAAAAUCUUUAUCUCAAUGAUGUGGAUGCUCUAGAAAAGCUUCGUGGCUCAAGCAUAAUUGUCGAUAGUUUUCAGCGACUUCCUCCUCUUAUCUACAGCCCAGUAACAUUCCCCAAGAUUGACACGUUUAUUGAAUUACCUCCUUUGCGAUUGCCACCUAUUACGGUGCUGCACUUCAUGUUCAAGACAAAGGAAUCUAGUGGCAUAUUGCUCUUUGCUACUAGCAAAAGCACAGAUCACUUGGUGGUCGAGCUGUUUGAUGGACAGCUACAUAUACAGGUCAACAGUUUUAAAGCCAAAACUCAACAGCGACUGAAUGACAACCGCUGGCAUGCCGUCACAAUCGAGCGAGCUGGAGUUGAUCAGCAGCAGUUCUCAUUGAUAGUGGAUAAUGUUCCAUCCUCAUUUGCCUAUCCUGGUUAUGAUGGACUUCUCCUGAAUGGACCAUUAUAUAUAGGUGGAGCCCCUCAAGAACUGAUGCAAAAAGACUAUAUUAAGAACAGCGUCUUCUCCAAAAGUGGAUUCAGAGGCUGCCUUGCCUCACUGGACCUUAGUGGACAGGUUCCUGAUCUCUUAGACUUUGCCAAAAGGCAGUCUAUCACCGUUUAUGACUCCUGUAGAGAUAUCGAACAAACAGUUUGCACAGAGGCAUUGUGCAAGAACUUUGGUACUUGUGUGGAAAGCCAUGGUGAAACAUUCACCUGUGAUUGUUCCAUGUCUGCACAUGCAGGCCGUGACUGUUUAGAACAGCCUAAUGGGUACCGUUUUGCAAACUUCUCAAAAGAGGUCGGCGGUUUGUUGAUAUACUCAUAUACACAGCCACCCACUGCAGAACUUGAUCAAAUUGCCUUCGGUGUCAUGACAAAACAGCAGACAGAUGCCACUCUCUUAAGACUUUUCUCUGAAACAUUUAGAGACUUUAUCACAUUCAGACUGGCUAAUGGCCACAUUGCAGCUGAUUAUGACACAAAUGGAGCUGGAGGAUCACAAACAGUGAUCGGGGAGAAAGUGAAUGAUGGAGCAUACCACAUAAUACGUUUCAUAAGAGGCCCAGAUAAUGCUAAGUUGUAUGUUGAUAGACUGGGUGCUGUUAUCAAUACGCACACGUUUAAACAUGGAGACUUUGACAGAUUAAGCAAAAUUUACGUUGGAGGAAGUGCAUAUGACAAUAACCGAGUUCAAGAUGCCUUUGAUGGAAUUAUUGGAGGUCUGAACGUAAAUGGUUUCCACGUUUUUGUGGGUGAUGAGGCCCACAGACAAACUCAGUACAUUCAAGAUGUCAAAGUUGCUGACAGACCUUUUUCACUUGUGGGAGGAAUUGAUGUGACGAUCUUUACAACUCCUAUCCCUGUGACGACACCUGUUAUACCCACAACGCCACCUCCCCUUCCUCCUAUUCUAACUGUUCCUGGGGAUGUUGGAGGUGGAGGAGUUGGCUGGGUCCCAGGUGAAGGUGGGAUUGUGGUUUACCCUAAAGGUGAUGGAGGGACUGGAGUUGUUUUACCAGGCUCUGACCUCCAAACUAAUCCAGUUCUUGGUGCCCAAGUGGCAGCGCCUCCACCUUUACCUUCUUCAGGUCCAAGAGCUGGUGCUGUUGUGGGCACAAUCCUGGGUCUGCUAGCCCUGGCCAGCAGCAUGAUGUGGGCUUUUUACAGGUGCAAACCAGGUUGGUGCACAUGCCUGAAACCAUCGUCAGCAUCACCUCUGAACAUUUCAUCUCCCCGUGCUUCAGGAACCAACAAACCUCUUCUUACAGCUGUUGGAGGUGGAGGGUCUGGCAGUGGAGGAGCGUCUGCAGCCAGCGCCGGUGCUGGUGGUGCUGGUAGUGCUGGAGUGCUGGUGGUGCUGGUGGAGCAGGCGGUUUCAGCAACUUCUACUUGUCAUCAUCCAGUGCUGCAGGAGGUGGUGCUGGUGGUGGUGCUGGUGGAGGUACAGUAAUAGGUACACCUAAGCCAGCUAGAGCUCAUCUUGGUUCCACAGCAUCUGGGGUGUCAGGAGGAGGCUAUUCCUCAACAUUCCAAGAAAGCAGCCAUGUCCGGUCAGGCAGCAGUGUAACAGA